AUGAAGAAUUCAAUUUUCAACUUGUGUUUUGCUUUGUUUCUAGUACUAGCAAAGGUUUCUCAAGCCUUACUAUUUGACUUACCUGCUGAAUUGAAUCCAGAACCUUUCUGUAUUCGUGAUUUUGUCUCUGAAGGUCAAUUGGUAGUCAUCGAAGUUACAUCAGAUGGUUCUUCUGGAGAUAACCAAGAAGUCACACUAACAGUACGUGAUACAAAUGGUAAUGAAUAUCGUAGAGUGAAAGACUUAGUUGGAGAUGCUCGUGUCGUUUUUACAGCAUCAAUGAGUACCACAUUUGAUGUGUGUCUAACCAAUAAGGCAAAGGUUUCUGGUAGAUCGUUGAGCAGAUCCAUUGAGGUUGAUGUGGAAAGUGGUUCUGAAGCUCGUGAUUGGAACAAGGUUAGUUCAAGUGAGAAACUGAAACCAAUUGAAUUAGACUUAAGAAAGAUAGAAGAAUUAGCUGAUGAUAUUGUUGAUGAAUUUUCGUACAUGAAGAACAGGGAAGCAAGGUUGAGAGAUACAAAUGAAUCAACCAAUGCAAGAGUUGUCAACUUUUCCUUUUUAAUUAUAAUUGCCUUGAUGGGACUUGGUAGUCUUCAAGUAUAUUACUUAAGAGAUUUCUUCAGAGCUAAGCACAUUAUCUAA